AAGAGGGGCUGGUGGAGGCGGAGAGGUGGAGAGGCGGAGAUGCCGUCUCCCGAAAUGAAGUCGCGGGCGGUGGAGACCCAGAUUCUGCUGUUGUUGGUUCUCCGAGUGGCCAAGUCGGCGCUCGGGGCUCAGCGCCUCUACACUCCGGACUGGUCGAGUCUGGACUCCCGGCCACUGCCGGAUUGGUUCGACAAGGCCAAGUUCGGGGUGUUCGUGCACUGGGGCGUGUUCUCGGUGCCGGCCUGGGGCAGCGAGUGGUUCUGGUGGCACUGGAAGGGUGAGGGAUCGUUGCAGUACCAGCUUUUCAUGAAAGAAAACUACCCUCCCGGCUUCAGCUACGCUGACUUCGGGCCGCAGUUCACUGCGCGCUUCUUCGACCCAGACGACUGGGCCAACCUCUUCCAGGCCGCCGGGGCCAAGUAUGUAGUCCUGACAACGAAGCAUCACGAAGGCUUCACAAACUGGCCAAGUCCUGUGUCCUGGAACUGGAACUCUAAGGAUGUGGGGCCCCACCGAGAUCUGGUUGGUGAGCUGGGAACCGCCAUCCGGAAGAGGAACAUACGCUACGGGCUCUAUCACUCGCUCUUCGAAUGGUUCCAUCCACUCUACCUGCUUGAUAAGAAAAAUGGCUUCAAAACACAGUAUUUUGUCACUGCAAAAACAAUGCCAGAGCUGUACGACCUGGUUAACAGGUAUAAGCCUGACCUGAUCUGGUCCGAUGGGGACUGGGAAGCUCCCGACGGCUACUGGAACUCAACGGGUUUCCUGUCCUGGCUCUACAAUGACAGCCCAGUCAAGGAUGAGGUGGUAGUGAACGACCGGUGGGGUUUUAACUGUUCCUGUCACCACGGAGGAUACUACAACUGUGCAGAUAAGUUCCAGCCGUCGAGUUUGCCGGACCACAAGUGGGAGAUGUGCACCUCCGUCGACAAGUGGUCCUGGGGCUACCGUCGCACCAUGUCCAUAUCCGACACCUCGAGCGAAUCUGAAAUCAUCGCGGAACUGGUUCAGACAGUCAGUUUGGGAGGAAACUAUCUUCUCAACAUCGGGCCGACUAAAGACGGACUGAUUGUUCCCAUCUUCCAAGAAAGGCUGCUUGCCGUUGGGAAGUGGCUGCGCAUCAACGGGGAGGCUAUCUAUUCCUCUAAGCCGUGGAGGGUUCAACUGGAAAAGAACGAAUCCGUAUGGUACACCUCGGAAGGAGCAGCUGUGUACGCCAUUUUCCUGAAAUGGCCAGAAAAUGGAGUCUUGAGUCUUAAAUCCCCCAAAACUACCUCCAGUACACAGAUAAUUAUGCUGGGAAUUCAAAAAGAUCUGGAGUGGUCCAAAAGCCCCCAUGAAGAUCUCCUCAUUCAUCUGCCCCAGUUACCACCCUCUGCUCUCCCAUCGGAGUUUGCUUGGACCAUAAAGAUGACGGGAGUGGAGUGAUCGUCGGCGUUCAAGAGGAAAGGGACGCCAUCUAUUGUUCACUGUUUUGAUUUUCUUCUUCCAGUACCGUUGUUGCAAUAAACUCCUCUUUCCUACCCAGCGAUGGCUUUCCAACAUAUUUUAAUCACAGGAACUGAAUGCCUUACUCUGCUGUCUCCGUGGCUCAGAGAUCUGAGACGCCUCACCAGCAUGUCUCUCUCUCUCUCAUCAGCAGAAGAAAGAACCGUACAGUUAAGCUUCGAGUUCUUCCUUUCCAACUUUGGAAAUUAUCUACAGUGCAACCUUCCCUCCAUUCCCUGUUUGAUGACUGGCUUACUCAAUGACUUCAGAUAAAGAAUAAGCCAAUUCACCAUGUUGCCUAUGGGAGGAGAUUUAAAGUUUGUCAAGCUCAACCACCUGCUCUAUUGAUUUGGCAUCAGCUGUCACCAGCACCCCUCACAGAGCGGGAGAGAAAGAGGCUUUCGAGGCUAACGGUCAGCUCUUCAGAACUCUUCAAAGGCAGCUAAGGGCUCUGAAAUUCAGUCUGUGUACAAUGAUACUAUGAAGAAAAUGGAUGUGAUUCUGCCCUGCUUUUUAAAAUAGAAUCAAAUAAAUUUUAAUGUCAGAUCAUUUCUACCAAAAAA